UAAGAAAUUCUAGUAGAGAACGAGAUGUGUUUGAGAGCGAUGCAACUGUAACUCGCACCAUAUCAAACGCUGCCAUUGAUACAGUGAAUAUUAUCGGACGAUGAAAGAGGGUAGCAAAGUUUCCUGCUUGCUUUUCUAGUUCACGUUGCCCUAAGUUACCGUAUCAAAAGCUUGCCUUGUGCAGGAGGAGAGAGAUUAUGUUUUGCCGGGCAGUGAUUGUGCACUGACACCGUUGACGUUUUUUGAUUUCCAGAUUGUGAUCUCCAAGCAGUCGAGUGUACGCUAUUGCUUGGCUCGUCUGUGAUAAAAGAAGUGGAGACUGGUACAAGGGAUGGGUCUUCGACUAGCUCCCAGUUCAACCAAAGGAGGAAGAAAACUUGGAUAGCUGUGUACAGUCAGAAGAGGAUUAGGUGUCUCCAACUGUCCAUGCUGCCAUAUAUGUGAUGAUGGAUAGUAGAUGUUAUGGUUGUGCAUCUAAGUUUACAGUCUUCAAGAAACGGUAUGGAUGCAAGAACUGUGGCCGAGCGUUCUGUUCUGGCUGCCUUGGAUUCAGUGCAAAUGUUCCCCGUUGUGGAAACACUCAACAGAAGGUGUGCAAGCAAUGCCAUAAGGAAUUAACCAGUGGACCACCUCAGUCCAAUGCAGCUAAAUGGUCCCCACCAGAGAACUAUAAAAAGCGUGUCGCUGCCCUUGAGGCCAAGCAGAACCAGCCGCAGGGUCCUCAGAAGGGCUUGGUGAAAUCCCAAAGUCAAAUGGACUCCAGGUAUCGAGGGCUAUCCAAAGAGGAUCGAGCUAUAGCAGAGAGACUGGAGAGGCUCAAGAAGGAAUCAAAAUCCAAGUCCGUUCCAUCGCAGUCUGAAAUAGAGUCCAGGCUGGCAGCAUUGAAAGAUGACCCUACAAAACCCAUUCCGUCCACCCAAGAGAUGGAAGACCGUCUGGCAGCCUUGCAGGACAGACCACGUCCCUCCCCAGCUCCCAGGCCAGUUUACCAGCUUUCCAAUACCAGGACACAAGCUGAGCAGUCAGAUGACUUGCUGAAUCAGAUGGCUGAGGAAGUUACUAUAGAUCAGAGCUCGGGUGUCCUACCUCAAGAAAUCAACACACAGACUUUGAAUGACUUAAAUCGAACUGAUGAAAUCACCAGCAUUGCUGAUCUGGAUCCCAAACAUUUGGAAGAGGAGAAGAAUAGACUUCUGACGGAGGCUGCUGUGGAGCUGAGGGAGGAGAACACCAGGGAGGAGAAGAUUCUAGAAGUGGCCAAGCGAUUGGCCAUGCUCAAAGGCCAAGACCCUGAGCAAGUUACUCUGGAUGACUACAAACUCCCCAACAGCGAUGAAGAAAUGGAAGAGGAGGAGGCCAUUCAAAGAGUUUUGAAACAGCUUACUGAGGAGGCAGCUCUGGAUGAAGCAAGUGGUUUCAAUAUUACCCCAGAUCGAUCCACCCAGCCAGAAACUGCACAGCAGAAAACAAUCAAGAAACCCAAGCAGGCACAAGCUUCAACAUCUACUAAAGCCCCCAUCUUGCCUGCUAAAGCAGUAGACAGUGAUGAAGAAGAGUUACCCUGGUGCUGCAUCUGCAAUGCAGAUGCCACCCUGCGCUGCCAUGGCUGCGAUGAUGACCUCUAUUGCCAGCGAUGCUUCCGGGAAGGCCAUGAUGAGUUUGAUCAGAAGGAGCACCGAACUUCGAGCUAUCGCCCUCCUCAGAAGAAAAAAUGACACUAUAGAUGGUGAGAAGAGAAAGGGAUGUAAAAAGGGGUGGAGGAAGAAUUGCUGCUGAAGUGGAAGAUGGGUGGCCAUUGUGGACUCCACUGUCAGCUCACUGGACAAUGCAAUGCUGAGAAGUCUGGAGUGAAAGCAUGUGUCCCUGAUGAACUCAAGGGUGCCACUGCCGAGCUUAAUGGUACACAACAUCUGUCCAUGGGUAGCUUUGUGAGUGAGCCAGUGAUGCUAUGGAGGUGAAGAAUAUCACGCUUUA